GGGGGCACGGCAGGAGCGGCGGCCCCGCUCCGCCCCCCGCUGCCGAUGGGGGACGGACCAGCCGACGGCCUCGGGUCUUCCCGGGGGACGCGGGGCCACCUGCGCGCAGCGCCUGGCUGGCGGCGUGGGAGAUGGAGAAAGCCACCGGUUCCCCCUCCGUGGGCGGCAGCUACCCGCAGAAAAACGCCGAGAUCCUCAGCAGCCAGUACGGCAUCAACCUCUUCCUGGCCGGGCUGCUGCUCACCUUCGCCUGGGCUGUGCACGCCGUGGGCAUCAGCAAGAGCCACCUGCUCUCCUACCUCAUCACGCUGAUGCUCAUCCAGCUGCUGUGGAUGCUGUGGUACCUCUGCAGGAGCUGUACGCAGAGGAGGCUGAUCAGGGACAAGGACACCCAUGCUGGAGCCCGCUGGCUGAAGUGUGGGAUUACAUUAUUUGCAGUGAUUACUUUAAUUCUGGAUUCUUUUAAAAUUGGAUAUUAUAUUGAUUUUUCAAACUGUUUAUCACCAACUGAAGGCAUUUUUCCUAUUACACAUGCCGUGCACACCAUCUUACAGGUGUACUUUCUGUGGUGCCAUGCAAAGGAUAUUAUCCAGUCUUUCAAAACACUUGAGAGAUUUGGGGUUAUCCAUUCCGUGUUUACAAAUUUACUCCUGUGGACAAAUGGAGUACUGACAGAGUCAAAACAUCAGCUGAAUGAACAUAAGGAAAGACUAAUCACGCUUGGUUUUGGGAACAUAACAAUAGUUUUAGAUGAUCAUGCACCUCAAUGCAAUUGCACAACAACAACUCUCUGUUCAAUAUUUUCUCAAGGAAUAUACUACCUAUAUCCCUUUAAUAUAGAGUACCACAUCCUAGCAUCCACGAUGCUCUAUGUCCUGUGGAAGAACAUUGGCCGCAAAGUCGAGCACCACCAGCAACACAAAACUCCAUUCAAAUUCCAUGGCAUAACUGUUGGAAUGAUUUUUGGACUAAUAGUGUUAACUAGCACAAUAGCCAUAGUUGUUGUGUAUUUAAUUCAGAUUGGAGGUUCAAAAAUCAAAAGUGAAUUAGCGCUCACUAUGUUUUACUUGCAUGCUAUCUUUGUGUUGGCUCUCAUGUGUACAGCUGGAAUCGUUGCCCUUCUCAUCUACAGACUGGAAGAUAGAUCGCUGGAUAAUUCAAAAAAUCCUGCUCGAAAACUUGAUGCAGAGCUGCUGGUGGGCACAGCUGCAGGGUCCUGGCUCCUCUCCUGGGGCUCGAUCCUCGCCAUUAUCUGUGCCCAGGCCCAUCCAAAAUACACCUGGUAUAACCUGCCCUACUCCGUCCUGGUUAUUAUUGAGAAAUAUAUCCAGAACCUCUUUAUCAUUGAAUCCAUACAUCGUGAGCAGGAAAAGGCGAAUGAUGAUAUUAAAACUCUUCGAAUAGUGACUAUAUCUCGGGGGAGCACUUUGUCACUUACCCCCUCGUACAAAGAGAUUUACAAUGGCAGAGCCGCUCGUGACAGCGGAGAGGCUCCCUGCCUGCUUAAGGGCAGCAUCUGCAGGAGAGAAAACGGUGGUGGUGCUGCUGCCAAAGAAGAAAAGAGUCAGGAAAAUAGUUCGGUCAUGCAUUCAGCCUCAGAUUUCUCCAUUUACAGUAGCAACUCGGGUACUAACAACAAGAGGAGAAUUCUGAAGAACAUUGCUGCAUUUUUAUUCCUAUGCAACCUUUCGCUGUGGAUACCACCGGCAUUCGGGUGCCGUCCGGAAUAUGACAAUGGACUAGAAGAAAUAGUUUUUGGCUUUGAACCCUGGAUAAUUGUUGUGAACCUUGCAAUGCCUUUUUCUAUUUUCUAUCGGAUGCAUUCAGCUGCCUCACUCUUUGAGGUCAAUUGUAAAACAUAGUUCAUAUACGGUCCCUCAGUGAACAAUUGAUUGAAUAAUUAAUUAAAUAAAUAACAGUUGAAUGAGUGGAUGGAUGAAUGAGCGAAAUAGCAACAGCUGCUGAAUAAAUAGGAGAUUUUGUUUUUAAGAAGGGACCGUAACUAAUAGCAUGUAAUUUUUGUUUUUUCUCCUACAUAUUUUGUUAUAUAUGUGGCGUUAUUGUAUAAGUAGACUUUUCAGAAUCAUAUUAGUUUUAAUAUGAUUAACACGACAUAGUAAAGUUAAUUCAAUCUCAUUAAUCUUUGUUUCAGUCAUCUAGGAUUUGUCCUCUAUGCAAUUUGCAUUGCUUUGUUUUCAGUCAUUGUGGUCUAUGAAAGGGGUUAAAAACAAUAUCUGUAUGACUUAGAAGGGAAAAUCCCAGGGCCACCUAAACUGAGUGCUGCUCCUGAACCAAGGAGACACUCUGAAAACUCCAACUCUUUAUUAAUUCCCAGCUGUGUUUUUGCAGUCAAACCUGAAAACAUUUCCUUUUUAGUUGGGAUGUGGGAAUUAUAUUCAACUUCCUGAAUACUGAUUAAAAAUCAAUAUAUAAUAAUUAUUUUCCUAACUAUAUAGCAAGAAAUACAAGGAAAUAACAUGUAUGGUUAGAUAUCACGCUGUAUAUAACUCCUCCUGAUAAAAUAUAUUUCUAUUAGUGCAUCCCUCUUGUCUUGUAUUUACUAUAUGACAGAACUGAGAAAUAAAGUUGAUCCUUUUACCUGAUUA